AUGCAUCAGGAAGUGGAAAUUCAACCCCCGGUAUUCUUUUCCCUCGCAUCGGGCGCAGUCCUCCCACGUCCUAUUGCAGAGCUUGCCAUCUACAUGGUUGGCUCGGAUACUUUGGGGGAUCAGCACUGCUGUCCUACCUAUUUAAACCACAAUGGUAACUCUGCCGGCACCCAUGACGGUGGUCCAUUCGCCACUUCACAUCCCUUGGAUGACCAGACCAGCAUACAGAUGCAGGUAGUGCUGGGUCCCUCGUCAUUGUUGUCUGCACGUAUUCAGAGCGGAAUGUCCGUUCUGGUGAAGCCGGUUGCGGCGUUGUCAGUGAGAAACCUGGCCAGUGCUUUCUACCACUUGGCUGCUGGCUGGUUCAUGCGUAUCAUCUACAGCCUAGCGCUCGGUGAGGGCGCAUGA